AUGGCCUCUUCACGAAUCUUCAUCAAGGGGCUUCCUCCCACCAUCUCCGAGGAUGAUUUCAAGAAACACUUCAGCACAAAAUCCGAAAUCACAGAUGCCAAAUUGAUACCCCACCGGAGAAUUGGCUAUGUAGGGUACAAGACCCCAGAGGAUGCCGAAAAGGCAGUCAAGUACUUCAACCGGUCAUUCAUACGGAUGUCAAAGAUUGGUGUGGAGCUUGCUCGACCCAUCUCUGAUACCACUUUACCGAAAUCGAGGAAAGCACAGCGAGAAGAAGACCGCGAAGACAGCAAGGCUCGUCUCAAGCUACGGGCAGAAGCAGAACAUACAUCCUUUCUAAGUACCGGAACGAAGCGAAAGCGUAGUGAUGUCGACGAAUCAGAUCCUAAAUUGAAGGAGUUCUUGGAGGUCAUGCAACCUGCCUCCAAGUUGAAGACAUUGGCGAAAUCUAUGGAAGAUGAAUCUAUGAUGGAACCGCCCACAAAGGUGCAAGCUUUAGAAAUACCGGAAGGGGAGAGCGAUGGCGAAUAUGAGACGGUACCACAGAAGCCAAGGAAGAAAAGUCCUCCCAAAGUUAUCGUUGCGCCUACCCCAGCUCCAAUCGCCACCGAGCAACCAGUAGCCCUUGAAGAGCCCACGAUAGAUCCUAUAGCACCCAAUGCUACCGAUGAUGAUUGGCUUCGGAGCCGUACAAAUCGUUUAUUGGAUCUGAUGAGGCCGGAGGAUAUUGUUGCUGGUAGAACAGCGGGUUCGAGUCGUCAAAACGUUGAACAUGUAGCUGAAACGAGCGCCAGCGUCGAUCAACCUGUCGGUUCAAACGACAAACCUGCAGAGGAAACACUUGAAGAUCAAGGCGAAGAGAAUCCAGAUCCUACCAUAGAGGCAAUCAAGUCGAACGGCAGAUUGUUCGUACGAAAUUUGCCAUAUUCAGCAUCAGAGGAUGAUCUACGACGGCACUUCGAACCCUUCGGUCCAUUGGAGGAGGUACAUCUUCCUGUUGAUGCCAAAGGUGUUAGCAAGGGAUUUCUCCUUGUUCGGUAUACUGAUCCCUCCGCUGCUGCCGAAGCCUAUCACAAUCUUGAUGGCGAGCCCUUUCAAGGUAGACUCCUUCACAUACUACCCGCUGCUGCAAAGCGAGAGAACAAAUUGGAUGAAUUUGCGAUUGCGAAAUUGCCACUGAAGAAGCAAAAUCAGAUUAAGAAAAAAACAGAAGCUUCAUCGACGACCUUUAACUGGAAUUCCCUGUAUAUGAAUCAAGACUCUGUGAAUUCAGCAAUUGCUGAUCGCCUCGGAGUGUCCAAAUCAGAGCUUUUGGAUCCUACAUCUGCAGAUUCUGGAGUCAAGCAAGCAAUAGCAGAAACGUCGGCCAUCCACGAAACGAAACAAUACUUCGCAAAGCAUGGAGUCGACCUGGAUGCUUUCAAGAAGCGUGAGCGAGGCGACACAUCCAUUCUGGUCAAGAAUUUCCCCUAUGGAAUGUCUCUCGAAGAGCUGAGAAAGAUGUUUGAAGAGUUUGGCCAGGUGCUUCGGGUGCUGAUGCCUCCGGUCGGCACCAUCGCAAUCGUCGAGUUUGCCCAGCCAACGGAAGCACGAGCUGCGUUCGGGAAGUUGGCUUAUCGCCGCAUGAAAGAUUCUGUGCUGUUCCUGGAAAAGGCACCAAAGGAUGUCUUUACCAGUGUGAGCAGUAAUGCCACAACAGUGCCAUCUGAUCAGCGGGGAGGGCAGUCCGCAGAUCAGAAGUUGUCGACAUCUGAUUUUCUGGAAGUGGGGGUGGCCUCCGAAGCCAUCGACACUUCUACCCUAUUCGUCCGCAAUCUCAAUUUCUCCACCACGAGCGCUGUUCUUACCGAGACGUUCAAGCCUCUCGACGGUUUCAUGUCAGCUCGUGUUAACACAAAAACGGACCCGAAGAAGCCUGGACAGGUCCUCAGCAUGGGUUUUGGCUUCCUCGAAUUCAGAAGCAAAGCACAGGCUCAAGCGGCACUCAAAGCCAUGGAUGGCUACGUUUUGGAAGAUCACAAACUACUAAUCAAGGCUUCCCACAAGGGGCUCGAUGCUGCAGAAGAGCGGAGAAAGGAGGACAGGGCCAAAAAAGUGGCUGGCAGGCGGACCAAGAUCAUCAUCAAGAAUCUCCCCUUCGAGGCAACCAAGAAGGAUGUACGAGCGCUGUUUGGUUCUUACGGCCAGCUCCGGUCAGUUCGGGUACCCAAAAAGUUCGAUCAUUCAGCUCGUGGCUUUGCGUUCGCAGACUUUAUCACGGCCCGCGAAGCGGAGAAUGCACUAGAGGCUCUGAAAGACACUCAUCUUUUGGGUCGCCGCCUCGUUCUAGAAUUUGCCGCCGGUGAUGCACUCGAUGCUGAGGAGGAGAUCGAGAAAAUGCAGAAGAAAGUCGGCUCGCAAGUCAACAUCGUUGCAUUGCAAAAGCUCACUGGCGGAGGUCGCAAAAAAUUCAAUAUUGAAGGCGACAAUGUAGAUGAAGAUUGA